AAAAACAUCCUCAUCCUCAUAGUCACCAGCCAGCCCUGUACAGUGCGAAAUCCAAAGAUUGUUGGCGGCAGUGAGGCGGAACGCAACGAAAUGCCGUUUAUGGUCAGUCUGAUGCGUCGGGGUGGUCACUUCUGUGGCGGAACAAUCAUAUCCGAGCGGUGGAUCCUCACGGCCGGGCACUGCAUCUGCAAUGGAUUGCAAAAGUUCAUGAAGCCGGCACAAAUUCAGGGCGUUGUGGGUCUGCACAGCAUCAGGGAGUACCUUAAUGGCAUUGGCAAUGGCCCGGAUGCACUGAGGGUGGACUUCAAAAACAUUGUGCCGCACCCGCAAUACGAUUGCAACAAUGUUCAGCAUGAUAUUGCUCUGCUGGAACUUGUGCGACCCAUCAGCUUUACCGCUCACGUGCAACCGAGCUGUGUGGGCACGGACAAGGGGCAGCGCAGCUUGGAGGAGGAGUACGGCACCGUCUCCGGCUGGGGUUGGACCCAUGAAGACCAGGCGGAGGGCGAUCGGGCGGAUGUGCUGCGCAAGGCAACUGUCAAAAUAUGGAAUAACGAGGCUUGUGAGCGCUCCUAUCGCGCUCUCGGCAAGAGCAACACCAUUGGGGAAACACAGCUCUGCGCCGGCUACGAGAACGGUCAAAUUGAUUCGUGUUGGGUGAGUAUGAUCCUGGCUGAUAGAGCACAAAUGUUAUGGAUUUUUUCCCCACUUUUACUAUCGCAGGCUGAUUCCGGCGGCCCUUUGAUGUCCAAGGAGCACCACUUGGUUGGUGUGGUAUCAACGGGCAUCGGCUGUGCACGUCCUGGCCUCCCAGGCAUCUACACGCGCGUCAGCAAAUAUGUGCCAUGGAUGCAGAAUGUGAUAGCAGGCAGGAAAUAACACCUUGCGCGAAGAGUAAUACAAUGCUGUGAUUCAAGUGUGAUAUUAGUUUUAC